ACGCUGCACAUUGUCGUCAUUUUAGGAGGGCAAUCGACAGCUAGCUAGCUGAAGGACAAGAAAGGCAAUCGACAGUCCUCAGCAAUCAUAUUAGUCAACAGCACUGGCUAGCUAGUAGGAGUGUCCGUCGUGCUUCGGUUGAGAAAACGCAGUUCGAAACGAAUGGUUGAACCUGUCGUUUCGUCCAGUUUUCUGUUUCACGGCAGCGAAAAGAAGAGCAUUCUCAUUAUUCCGGCCGUCGAAGUGUCAAUCGAAGAGCACCCACUACCUAGAAAGGAAUAAGUUGAGUUUCCACGAUGACAUUCCCUGGCCGUCGGAUGUCCUUGGGCCGCAGUAGCGGAAGCCGCGAAGGAAAGGAAUCUCUGCUGCUGAAGCCUGAGCCCAGCGUGUAUUCCAGUGGCAGCAAUAGUAGUCGCCGAUCACGACAGAACCGCUACCAACAGCAUGACACUCCUUCUUUUCAAUCUGGCUCCAGUUACAGCAGUGGAGGCUCUGAUCCCUACGAGAAGGCUGUGAGAUCAGAGAUUAAAAGCAAGCAACACGCACAUGAACAGCAGAGUCGGCCUUCGGAUGGUGUCAUGGAAUUUGUUCCAGCCUUUGAUGAGUCCAAUGCACAUGGCUAUGUGCCUGAUACCUCCUGGGACGCUAUUUUGAAUGAAGGAUCGACUGCCUUCCCCGGGGAACCUGCCAAAUCCAGGAGUGAUGCUGGGGCAUUGACAAAUAGCCGCUUUCGACGGAGAGCACAAUCCACUGUUGGUAAACCUCAACAACCCGCUGCUACCAAUUCCAGACGGCAUUCUGAUGCUGCGUCUGCUGUUUCUUCUUCUCGAAGUAAAGGACCACGUAUUGCUCGUCUUGCUUCUUUGUUCUCUGGCAAAGAGUCCAAAUCCAAAGCUUCUCCAAAACAAACGAAUCUCUCAAGCUACAGCCAGAAUUCAUAUACUCCUCAUAACACCACUGAACCUACACUGGCAUCAUCACCAUCUCGCUCGUCGAGUUCGAGCGGCUACGUAGGAUGGCCUGGAACCCAAGACAAACAAGGGCAUACUGUUGCUAUGCACGACAGCUACGAAGAUAGUGACCCUGGACCGAUUGAUCAAGCAGCACGAGGUGAAGACUUGUCAUUCGGAGAGUUCCAUAACGACCGAGAACAAAUGGAGGUGGAUGAAUGGAUGAAUAGCUCUGCGUUUCAAGAUAUUUCCGGAGUCAUGCCAGAACAAGACGUUUCGGGUAUCAUGCCAGAAUCUCCUCCGUCACCUCCUGGACGCAGACCCGACAAUUCCUACUACUAUCACCCAGAACAGCAGCAGCUCCACACUGAAACAAAUGCAAUUCACACAAAUCAUCUGUUUCAUGAUCAAGGUGGGUGGGAUGUGGAUACUGCUCCCUCUCCAUCGCGGUCUUCAUUCUCUAAGAAUUCAUCAGCCUACUUUGACAACGAUGUCAGACCCACUGUUCCCUCCAAUGAAGAUGCAAGACGCAAGCAAGCAGCAGCUGUAGUUAUGCGCGGUGUUCUACCACCCACUGAAGAGACUCUUGCACUCAACAAUUGCUACUCUCAACCUCAGCGGACAUUUCAUGCUGAGCAUGCUAGAGGAUUCAGGGGCUUUAUUGACAAGACUCAUGAAGUGCCAAACUUGAUGGAUGACAUGGAUUCAGACAGCAUGGCUUCGUCUAGCCAGACAUCCUCUCGCGCCCCAUCCGCUGCCAAUAUCCCUGCAGCAUACCAUUCCUCUGCGAAUGUUGGGCGUGCCCCUCGGGUCAUGCCACGGGUCCACGAAGAUGAGGAAUUGUCCGUGGAUUCUGAAUCGGAUGUGUUUGAUGAAAUUUCCAAGUAUUCUCUUGGAGAGUCGGAGCUAUUCGAUGGUCUGUCGUCUCAUCAAUCAGUAUCCAAACAGUCCGGCUAUGAGAUCCGUGACUUGCAUCCCUACGAAGGCAUUCCUCGCAAUGACGUGGAAGAAUCCAAGGCUUCUCUCCGAGAGAUUCGGAACACCACGACUUCGGUUGAAAAACGCUACAAAGUCAACGACCGCAGUGUCCAAAGCAACGGCAGUAGCAAGAUGAAGGUUGUUCUUUUGGGGGGUGGUCUGACUACGAUCCAAACCACAACUGAAGACUUUUCCAAUCGAAUCACUGCCAGUGACUUUGAUGAUGGCUUGACCAACAGCGACAUUGACGAAUAUGGACAUCCGCGGCUACCGAACUUUCAAGAGAUGGCUGCUGCAGGAAGGACGAACGACAGUGCUAUCGAUGUCUCCAUCGCUUUUGGACAUUCCAAUGUGAGCAAGGACGCAAGCAGUCUAAGCUUUACCGCAUUCGAAGAAAAGAACAGCCAGCUUAACGAACCUGAAGGAAGAACUCUGAAUCCUUCCGGUAGCUACAAGGACGACGAAUCAGCCUUCUUUUCGGAUUUCUAUUCAGCAGACGACGUGGAAUUCGAGGGAGACCUGUCCGAGUACUAUGUACAGCCCUCUGAAGUGAAGAAGCUUGUACGAAAGUACCGUAAGAUGUGUCGAAUCACUGCAUCUCAGUGCCGCAACUACGACGAGUUGGAUAGGGCAGAGGAUGAGAAGAAAGCUUUCGCCCUCUUUGAAAUGCGCAGCCGUAUUAUGGAAAAGGAUAUUGAGCGAGGCCUGGAACGUCGCGGUGGAACAUCUGCGGUGGACGACUUGGUUACGACACCCUUUAAUCGUCGGGCCAUGCGCAUUCGCGAUGCCGUCAUUGUUAGCAAGGCUUGGCGAGAUGGAGCAACGCCGAUGGAUGUUAUCAAUACAGCUCUCCUUACCCAACGCGCGGAACGAUCCUAUUUCAUAAAGCGAACCAGCAGAGUCACCAGUUACCGUAUGCCAGAUGCCAACCUUCACGUGGAGUGGGAGGCGGUGAAUUGGAUCGAUGACACGGACUUUCUGCAGUACUACUGUCCUUCUCUGGGAGCUCGCAACCUGCGAGGCUCUGAAAUGUUCACCAUUGGUGACUGCCAGAGCAUUCUUUUGAAGCUGACAAACGAGUCCUGCAUUGAGUUACGAGCGGACCUCAACGAUGCCACAGCAAGACAGAUUGAAGCCGAAGAAGCCAUGAAAGAGGAAGGUGACUAUGGUGAUGGCAUGAUGACAGAAGCAGAAAUGACAUACCUCGCCUCCAUGGAAGAAGUCAAGACGAUUUCAAAGCAACUGGUGGUGGCUGAGAAGGCGUUUGUACUUGUUCGUGAUCGCAUUAAGAACUUGGUUGCCAAGUAUGAGUCUCUGUUAGUCAAGAUUGACAAUGAAGAUAUGGCAACUUCGUCGGUGAUCACAGCUGAGAGCUCGUGCUACUCUGAUGAGUACGAGUCCAGAGUCUCCACCGACUACGACCAAGAAGAGCGUGCUUGGUUCCGACGUCAGCAGCGGGCAGAGAUCAGUGCGGAGCUAGCUGCGAGGGAGGCUCUGUUGGCCAAGCAAGGCGAAGCGCGGGCUGUGCAGGAGGAGAAACACCGAGAGCUCCAAGCUUUGCAAACCCGUCUAGUCGAGCUUCAAUCGGAGGCGUCAACCACGACAUCGGACCGUCAGCGAUCCGCUAUGCUUGCAAAGGCCAUUGCAGCAAGAAAUCACUCGUCUCGUAAGCACCCGGGACAUCACCAUCCUGUUGGCAAGGCCACGCCCCAGAGCAAAGUUGACGACGUCAAGCAACGCUUCCGCGACAGAAUGGCCGCCCGACUGCGACAAAAGAAUGGCACUGUCGAUCAGAGCAGGGCCGAUUUUGAACCCCAAGGGGCUCCUUCCAAUCAGCGUUACCACAUGGAGAACGAGCUGCCUUCAAAGCCGGUAACCUCUGCAAGGACAACUGAUCCGGACAGGCAGAAAAUGAUCCGCUCUGCUGGUGAGGAAAUGUUUCAGCAUUUGGACUUUUAUGAACGCUCGUUGAAGGCUGUGGAGCUUUCACGGGAGGGUCCUAACCGGUGAUUGAUGCGAUUCGCUGUCCUCGUCCGGUACCGAACGCUGUAAGAAUAAGAUGAUGUUCCAUGGUGUUAAAGCUAUAAACCAACCACGCCAUUUGGAUUUCUGUUUUCUAGCUAGCUAGAGAGCAACCUGUACCGUACGGGAUCUGCUGCCGUAACACAACACUCUUUGUUGCAAGCAAUGGCAUUGGCAAAAGCAGUGUUAGAGUUGGGUUGGUUGGAGUCAGUCACUUUCCACGCCGUGGAAGUUAUUCACGAAAAUUCGUGACUGUAGCGAGGCCACAAAAAUCUUUGAGCU